AUGUCAUCGACUCCGCGCCUUCCCUCGGCCGGCGCCUCGGUGUCCGCCCCCGAAUACCACGCUAACCCCACCUGGAAGUCCAAGAACGAGGCGCAGCAGGUCGACUAUCCGUCGGCUGAAGCGUUUCAGUCCGUCAUGGCAAAGAUUGGCCGACUUCCAGGCCUCGUGUCGCCCAACGAGAUCGACCGUCUCCGCACUCAGCUCGCCUCGGUCGCAGAGGGAAACGCUUUCCUCCUUCAGACCGGUGACUGUGCCGAGCUCUUCGACUACUGCAACCCAGAGCAGAUCCAGGCCAAACUUAAGCUCUCGCUCCUCAUGAGUCUCAUCCUCAUCUGGGGCGCACGCAAGCCUGUCGUGCGUAUCGGUCGUAUCGCCGGUCAGUACGCCAAGCCCCGCUCCAAGCCAACCGAAAUCAUCACCAAGGUCGACCCGGCCACUGGCGAGGCCACCAAGCACGAGAUCAUCUCCUUCCGCGGCGACAACAUCAACGCAUUCAGCGCAGAGCCUGCCAGCGGUCGCAUUCCCGAUCCAGAGCGUCUGCUUCAGGCCUACUUCCAUUCCGCCGCUACGCUCAACCACAUCCGCUCCGAGCUCGCCAGCGGCCUGGCUGACCUUCACGCUCCGCGCCAGUGGUCGUUCCAGCACGUUCAGUCGAGCGCCCUCCAGGCCGAAUUCGAAUCGGUCGUCGAUUCGCUCACCGACGCACUCGACUUCAUGAAGACCAUCGGCGCAGACACAAGCACCUUCUCCUCCAGCAGCGUGCUCAACUCGGUCGACUACUUUAUCAGCCACGAGGGUCUCUCGCUCGCCUACGAAGAGGCGCUCACCCGCCUCGUGCGCAAGCCCACCGCAGACAAGCCCAGCCCAGCCCGCAACGUGCAUGCGUCGGAUCUUGCCAGCGGUGCUCUCGACAACGAGACCCUCGAACGCUACGAUCUCUCCGCUCACACCAUCUGGCUCGGCGACAGGACAAGACAGCUCGACGGCGCACACGUCGACUUCUUCUCCUCCAUCCGCAACCCCGUCGGCAUCAAGGUCGGCCCUUCCAUGAAGCCCCAGGAGCUCAUCGACAUUCUCGAUAUCCUCAAUCCCGACGUUCCGAUUCCGGCAGCUGCCACCGCGGCUCGUGCCAGCGGUUGGACCACGCCCAGUGGUGCGCCCGAGGUGGUGUACGGCAAGGAAAAGGGACGUGUCAUGGUCAUCAUCCGUCUCGGCGCUGCCAAGGUCGCCACGCACCUUCCCCCACUGCUCGAGGCGAUCGCGGCGAGCAACCACAAGGACUCAAUCAUCCUUCUGUGCGACCCCAUGCAUGGCAACACUCAGACGAGCCCCUACCCGCCCGCAUCCUCAGAUCCCAAUGCGCAGCCGCUCAAGACGCGCUCGUUCGGCGACAUCAUCUCCGAGAUCCUCGCAUUCCUCCAAAUCAUCUCGUCCGACUUCCCCACGCUCCACCUCGGCGGUGUGCAUCUCGAGCUGACGGGCGACAAGGACGUCACCGAGUGCUUUGGCGGCUCGAUGCGAUUGGAUCCCAAGGACCUCGAGCGCGGAUACAAGAGCCACUGCGACCCGCGUCUCAACUUUGAACAGUCGUUGGACGUCGCCUUUUUGCUCUCGCACUACUUCCGUAACCAGCGUCUCGGCAAGCGCGCGGGAGCCACGGCGAGCAGCGACGAGGAAAUCAAGAAGCAGCAGGCCAUCAUCGCCUCUGGCUCCGGAGACGAACUUCUCGCCGAGCUUAUUUGCGGCAUCACCAACCGUCCACAGUCGGCUUAG